ACUCGGUUUUGUGGACUUUGGCAUGAGAACCUGCUGUUUACGGUAGCCAGAAACCAAGUUAUACCUGUACCUCUGAAUGUACAUGAUGACACGCUAUGCUGUAUUAUGGUGGGAUGUGAUGCUGUAUGUUGGCCUGGCUGUUAUGUCCUGGUAUAUGUACAAAAUCCUCAUCCGGCCCCUUCUGUCACCUCUCAGGAAGAUACCUGGAACUCCCUAUGUGCCUUUCUUUGGUAACAUGCUGGAAGCUCGUCGAUAUGAGGCCAUGACAAACUGUAUCAGAUGGAUGAAAAAACUGGAUUCUAAGAUAAUUCGGUUUUAUUUCUUUGGGGGAGAGGAACGAGUUCUGGUAGCAGAUCCUGACAUUUUCCAGCACAUUCUUAUCACUAACAGCAAAUACUAUGACAGAGCUGGAGACUUGGCUCGUGGACCAUUGGGUUAUUUACUUUCCAGACCAUUGUUUGUAUUAAGUGGAGAACAUCAUCAUGUUGUGAGAAAAAUUUGUAACCCAGGCUUUUCUCUCAAGCUCAUACAAGGAAUGGUACCUGUAUUCCAGGAAAGAGCUGAUGCUCUGAUCCAUCUUUGGGUCCAAGGCAUGUCCCAAGACAACAAAACGUUUGGCGAUGUAAAUGUACAAACAGACCUAGCCAAGCUUACAAGUGAUGUAAUUUGUAAGUGUGGAUUUGGCUAUGAUAUGCACACCAUUGAGAAUCCAGACUCACCACUUGUUCAGCCUCUAAGGAGACUAGGGCCUCUUGCCACUUCAAGUUUUUUAGACUAUUUGCCAUUUGGCAAAUGGUUUCCCACAAAGAGAAAUAGACAGAUAUGGGAGGAUUCCAGAAGUAUAUCACAACUAGCAGAGAAGGUUCUACAGCAAAAGAAGCAGGCAUUGGGUACUCAAGGUUGUGGGAAAGACUUAUUGACCUCGCUGUUGGUUGCACGGGAUCAGGAAGGUGGAGCUAUGUCAGACAAGGACCUAUUUGGAGAAGUGAUUGGUUUUCUCUUUGCUGGCUUUGAGACAACCAGUAUUGCCAUGACUUGGACACUCCUACAGCUGGCACAGUUCCCAGAUAUUCAGGUGAAGGUCAGGAAGGAGGUCAAUCAAGUGUUAAAGGAUUGUAAUGGUGUUAUCAACUAUGAAACACUGGAUCAGCUUAAAUACCUCACCUGUGUGAUCAAAGAAACUCUCAGGUUGUACCCCACUGAGAUGACACGAAAGAUCGGACUUCAUAUUGGAGCAUUGCAUCGUUUGAACUGGGAAGAUCCCGACUCAUUUAACCCUGAACGCUUUAUGAACCGUGUCGAGAAUGAAUCCAGAAUAUUCUUGCCUUUUGCUAUAGGACCAUACAUGUGCAUCGGUUACAAGUUUUCCUUCAUGGAAAUGAAGACGGUGCUUUCCUGUCUCAUUCAGGAAUUUGACUUUAAAUUGUCUCCUGGCUACACUUACAAACGACAGCAGGCAUUAGUGUUACGACCUUCUCCACAGGCAAGACUUCGAGUGACAAAGAUUUCAAACCAAGCUGCUGUGUGACAAAAUCAUUGGGACAGGUUUAGAUUUACUGAGAUUUGAAAUUAUUUUAUAUACUGUUUAACCAGAACCAUGAAUUCCAAAAAAAAUGAAGUACGAACAGAAAAUAUUUAAAAAUACUCAGGAAAUCUGU